AUGCUGAAAGUUCCAUCACGCAACAAGGCCACUGGGUCCAAUGCGGUGACCAAAGCCGUCAUUCUGGUUGGAGGUCCAUCUAGAGGAACUCGUUUCAGACCAUUGAGCUUGGAUGUCCCAAAACCUCUGUUCGAUGUCGCCGGCCACCCCAUUAUUUGGCACUGCCUGAAAGCCGUCUCCAAAGUCCCAGACAUCAAGGAGGUCAUCCUCAUCGGUUACUACGACGAGAGUGUCUUCCGCGACUUCAUCAAAGAUUCUUCGAAAGAAUUCUCUCACAUCAAGAUCCAGUAUCUCCGCGAGUACCAGGCUCUUGGCACCGCUGGAGGUCUCUACCACUUCCGUGAUGCUAUUCUUAAAGGGAAGCCAGAUCGGUUCUUUGUGCUCAACUCGGAUGUCUGCUGCUCAUUCCCUCUUGAUGCCAUGCUCCGCCUUUUCGAAGAGAAGGAUGCUGAGGCCGUUAUUCUUGGCACGCGGGUCGGCAACGAUGCUGCUACAAACUUCGGUUGCAUCGUCUCCGACGCUCACACCAAACGUGUACUUCACUAUGUCGAGAAGCCGGAAAGUCACAUCUCCAACCUGAUCAAUUGUGGUGUCUACCUCUUUGCCACCGAAUGCAUCUUCCCAUCCAUCAGAACCGCCAUUAAGCGCAAGACCGAGCGACCGAGAAUGAUCUCGUACCCUUCGUCUGAGAACAUGGAGUCCUCCUUCAUUGCCGAUCCAGAAGAGGAUGGCGAGAGGAACGAGGUUCUUCGUCUUGAGCAGGACAUCUUGUCUGAUCUUGCUGACAGCAACCGCUUCUUCGUCCACGAGACCAAAGACUUUUGGCGUCAAAUCAAAACCGCUGGAUCCGCUGUCCCAGCCAACGCACUCUAUCUCGCGAAAGCUUUCCAAUCUCAAGCGGAAGAAAUUGCAAUGCCAUCUGCCAACAUUGUGCCUCCUGUCUUCAUCCACCCUACUGCCACUGUCGACCCUACCGCCAAAUUGGGACCUAACGUUUCCGUUGGCCCGAAAGCUGUUAUUGGAGCAGGCGCCCGUGUUAAGGAAGCGAUUGUGCUUGAGGAGGCAGAGAUCAAGCACGAUGCGUGUGUUCUGUAUGCCAUCAUCGGCUGGAACAGUCGCGUCGGAGCAUGGGCUAGAGUCGAAGGCACUCCGACUCCAGUCAGCAGUCACACUACCAGCAUCAUCAAGAAUGGUGUCAAGGUCCAAGCCAUCACUAUCCUGGGCAAGGAGUGUAAGGUAGGCGAUGAAGUCCGAGUUCAGAACUGCAUCUGCUUGCCAUACAAGGAGUUGAAACGUGAUGUGUCCAACGAAGUAAUCAUGUGA